AUGGUGAAGCCCCAGAAGAAACCCAAGGUAGAGAGGAGGAAGAGGAAGACGAUGAAGAGAGUAUUACCACGCCGACGACCCGCCGCUAAUUUCAGAGGGCUACUUUCCGACGCAGAGAGGAAGAAACGAAUCGAGGAGCUACGCGACGAUCUGUUCAGCGAAGCGGCGAAACUCGUCGCGGAAGAUCCUUCUCAGAGCAUCGCGAUCCUCAUGGUGCCUCGUAGUAACAACUCCGGAUCGAACGGCGUCGGUUUGCAGUCGUUCGGGUAUCCGUCUGUGGAAAGCGUGGUCGGGAAGUUUCUGAAGGAUACGGCUCCUCAUCCUGUUCCGGUGGUGGCGGAGGAGGGCGCUAAGGAGAAGGAGGAGGAAGAGGAAGAUGACGAUGAUGAUGAUUGGUCGAAGUAUUACUGGUGGGAGGACGAGAAGCUGGUUAAUUCGAAGGAUCCGGUGGAGAUUAUGGCGGCGAUGGCCGAGAUGGAGAAACUGAGAAAGCAAAUCGAGAUCUUUGAGAGUGAAAUAGGUGAAGGUUCUGGGACUCAGGAGGACGAUGAUGAUGAUGGAUCCAAACCCUAA